AUGGCAUCAUCACUCGCUUUGAGGAGGGCUGCAAGUGCUUCAAUCAAGAAGCUCUUCGACAACGCUCAGAGCCCUCUUGUCCGGCCGCUCGCCUCUGCUCCCUCGGCGGCGCGUUCCUUCAACACCAACGCCAGUCAGGUGGCCAGUUACGACGAGGGUGACCGGGAGGUUCAACGCCGCCCGGAUACCGCAGUCUCCGGUCGCCGUGAGCUGUUUCCUAGUAUCUUCUCAGAUGUGUUUGAUCCCUUCUCCACAACGAGAACCGUGGGGCAAUUGAUGAACAUGAUGGACCAAUUCAUGCAGGAUCCGUUUUUCGGAGGACGAGGAACAGGGCCAGCUGCCAUCUCAAGAAGGGGUUGGGAUCUGAAGGAAGAAGAUGAUGCUCUGUACCUGAAAAUGGAUAUGCCUGGAGUUGACAAGGAGAACGUGAAGGUAACUGUGGAUCAGAACACUUUGGUAAUUAGAGGCGAAGGCGAGCAGGAAACAGAGGACGAGGAGAGUCGCCGCCGGUACUCCAGCCGGUUAAUGUUGGAGCCUAAUCUUUACAAGCUGGACGGAAUCAAGGCUGAGAUGAAGAAUGGUGUGCUGAAAGUGACCGUGCCCAAAGUUCAGGAGGAAGAAAGGAAAGAUGUUCACGUUGUCAAUGUUGAGUGA